UUAAUGGCCGGUUGAGUUGUGUAACUGAUUGACUGUUGCUUGCCGGACCUGAAACCUGAAAUUGAAAUGUCUCGUGUGUUAAUAGUCGGGGCGGGUAUAACAGGCAGUUUAUGCGCAUGUUUACUAAGGAGAGAACUGCAAAACCGGGUCCAGAUCGUGGUUUGGGACAAAGCUCGCGGUACUGGUGGAAGGAUGUCGACAUCUCGGCCCCCAGACUCUUCCUGUCAGUCAGCUGAUCUCGGGGCUCAGUACAUCACAGCAACACCUGCAUAUGCAAAGAAGCACCACAGUAUGUACUCUGAGCUGCAGACUUCGGGUCUUCUGACACCCCUUCGGGCUCCGAUUGAGGGACUUCAGCAAAAGGACGACAGCCAGAACUUUGUUACGCCUCUGGGCAUGAGCAGUUUAGUGAAAUACUUCCUAUCCAACUCAGGAGCAGAACUGUUCCUAGAGCAUCAUGUGACUGGCUUGUUCCGCCGUGGAGCGUCAUGGGAGGUUCAUAAGAAAACUGGAGGAUGUGACACGUUUGAUGCUGUCGUCCUGACAAUGCCGGUGCCACAGGUCCUGCAGCUGGAGGGGGACGUGCCAAGCUUGCUUUCUGUCCACCAGAGAGAGCAGUUAGACACGGUGGUGUAUUCCUCUCGAUUUGCCGUUGCUCUUUUCUUCUCCCCUGAUGUUGACCUGAAAGUCCCAUGGUCAGCUCGCUACGUGACUGACAACCCAGUGAUCAGAUACAUUGCAGUGGACGACCACAAACGCAAUGCUGUGGUGAAAGGCCGCGGCCCUUCGCUCGUGGUCCACACCAGUGUCCCAUUUGGUCUGGAACACCUGGAGCAGGACAAGGAGGAGGUACAGCCAAUAAUCUUGCAGGAGCUUCAGAAGCUGCUUCCAGGUCUGCCUCCAGCCGCCAGCGUCAAAUGUCAGAAAUGGAGGUACUCUCAGGUGCUGACGGCAGUUCCUGACUCUCCAGGUCACAUGACCGUCCUGGAUCAGCCCCUGCUCAUCUGUGCCGGUGAUGCCUUUAGCCACUCCAACUUUGACGGUUGUGUCGAGUCUGCGUUGAGUGUGCUGCAAGUGUUCAAGACCAAGCUGGGACUGUCCCCUCCCUGACUGGAUGUGACUGAAUGAAAAUGAAUGAAGAAUGAAGAUGCUUUGUGCUCUUAAAACUCAAAAGUUCAAACUUUUAUUUUGGUUAUAAUAUGUGAACAGUCGUUCCAGCUGCUGAGAGCACUGCUCAAUCUUGCCAUGAAGCUAUUUAAUGCAGUCUGGAAACA